GGUGCGGUCCUCAGUUCUGUUCUUGUCUUCUCACUAAAUUAUCUUGAGUUAGGGAGCUGGACAGAGAGUUAGAGAGGAGAGACUUACAGAGAAACAGACAGACAGUCUUAGGGUGUGAGAGUUAGGGCGAGAGACGGUGAGAGUGAGAGAAACAGACAGAGCGAGAAAGUGUUUUUGAGAGAGAUAAGAGUGAGAAAGCGACUUACUGAGCGAGAGAAUAGGAAUUAUAAGAGUAGUGAGGCCAUGAUAGGAUGUCAUGAUAGACUAAGACGUGAAGAAAGAUCUGCACCGUCUGCCUGUUCAGACCCAGACAGAGGCCCAGCAGUCACACCCUGCAGCCUGAAGUAGAGAGGAGUGAGUGAGGGAGGUACUGUGUCUUGGCACACCAGCAACACACAGGACAUCCACAAACCAGAGAAAGAGAACAUGGAGACCCUCGUCAUCAAGAAGGAAGAGAAUACAGAAGAGAGUCAUCCCACAACUGGAAGCAAAGAUGUCACCACAUCCAUGAAAGACAUGUGGGAUCUGAACCUAAACCAGGAACAAGAGGACCCAACAACAACGCACAAUAAGCCAGGGGAGAACACCCAGCCUCAGAACCAGGAACAAGAGGACCCAACAACAAUGCACAAUAAGCCAGGGGAGAACACCCAGCCUCAGAACCAGGAACAAGAGGACCCAACAACAACGCACAAUAAGCCAGGGGAGAACACCCAUCCUCAGAACCAGGAACAAGAGGAUCCAACAACAACGCACAAUAAGCCAGGGGAGAACACCCAUCCUCAGAACCAGGAACAAGAGGACCCAACAACAACGCACAAUAAGCCAGGGGAGAACACCCAGCCUCAGAACCAGGAACAAGAGGAUCCAAUAAGAACGCACGAUAAGCCAGGGAAGAUCACCCAUCCUCAGAACCAGGAACAAGAGGACCCAAUAAGAAAGCACGAUAAACCAGGGGAGAACAUCCAGCCCCAGACAAUCUCUAGCGGGUUUACUGUCACCGCAGAAGAUGUGCUGUGUGACUCCUGCAUCCAGAUCCCGUGCCAGGCCCAGAAGUCCUGCCUCACCUGCCUGGUGUCGUACUGCGAGGCCCACCUCAGACCCCACCUGGAGAACCAGAGGUUCCAGAAUCACCGACUGGUGGAGCCCUUACAGGACAUCGAGUGUCGCACCUGUGAGGAGCACCGGCUGCCGCUUGAACUAUACUGCCUGACGGACGGCUGCGGUGUGUGUGUGUGCUGCGAGUGUGAGGGACAGGGGCAUCUGGGGCACAGUACUGUACCUGUAGAGGAGGCUCGAAGACAGAUCCAGACAGAGCUGCAGAAGAAACAAGGGGAGAUUAUGAAGACCGUCUCAGUGGCAGAGAAUGCCGUUGGCAAGCUACAGAGCAACACUGCAUCCAUAGAGAGCUCGGUGGCAGGGGUACGUGCUGUGAUGGAGCAGCAGUUCUACCUGCUGCAAGGGGCCGUGGAAGAGGCCCGGAGGAGGGCCACGGAAGUUCUGGAGGGGGAGCAGAGGCAGGCGCUCAGCCAGGCCGAGGGCAUCCAGGCCCACCUGGAGCAGAAGAGCCAAGAGCUGAAGAAGACCCUGGCCAGAGUGGAGAGACUCUUCAGGAACAAGAGGGACGUGGACUUCCUGCAGGAAUACUCAGAGUGGAAGACGGGGGCGGUGGAUGUCUGUCUGCCUGGGCUCUACGUCGGCCUCACAGAUCGCCUGGCCUCCUUCAGCUGCCUGCUCACUGAGUCCACCCAGGAACUGUGUGACCAGCUCAAGGCUACCUACAGAGACAAACUGAAGGACAUCUGCAGGACUGAGAAACUGGGCGUUACAACCAUGGUCCAUCCCAAGAUGUCAAGGUCUUUUUCACUGCCUGAGCCUGAGAUGCGAGACGACUUCCUCACGUAUGCCAGCAGUCUGACCUUUGACCCAGACACUGUCCACAAGUUCCUGAGACUAACCGAAGACGACAGGAAGGUGACCAACACCACGCCCUGGCAGCACAGCUACCCAGACAUGCCCGAACGCUUCGAGUACUGGCGCCAGGUGAUGACCUCAGAGAGCUUCUACCUGGGCCGACACUACUUUGAGGCAGAGCUGAGUGGGGAGGGCGUGCACGUGGGACUCACCUACAAGAGCAUCGACCGGAAAGGCGUGGAGAGAGGCAGCUGCAUCACAGGAAAUGACUUCUCGUGGAGCCUCGGAAGGGAGGGGCGGAGCUUUUCCACUUGGCAUGCUGAUAUGGAGGCGGUCGUGGAAGCCACAAGUGUGUUCACGAGGAUCGGCGUCUACAUCGACUUUGACUCGGGCUCAUUAGCUUUCUAUGGUGUGACUGACGUCGCUAUGACACUCCUCUACAGGUACAAGGCUGAGUUCAUGGAGCCCUUGUAUCCUACUGUCUGGCUCUCAAAGAAGGACAGUGUGGUGUUAUUGGUUGGUCCUAAGGACCCCCCACUAAUGAAGAGCUCAACUCUGCCUGCCACCCCCAUCACUCCCAUGGCAACAUCAGCUCCUGUCACUCCGGAAUCAUAAUACUUUGACUGCAGUAGUGUAGUUAGGUUAGAGAGGCGGACCAGUACACAUUUCUGUUUCUCACAAAUACAAUAAAGUAUCUAGUCUAUUCAUAAGCAGUUGCCUUAAGUGACUGAUACUGUACUUAUUUAACAGGACACAGAAUCAAGUAUCACAAGACAACAGACAGGGACUUUACAGGGGGUGUCUGCACUCAUCCAGGACCUAUAUACUAGGCAGUGUCAGAGGAAGGCCCAAAAAAUUCUCCAGACUCCAGUCACCCAGCUCAUAGACUGUUCUCUCUAC